UCCAAUGCCGUGUAUUUACCAGCAGGAGUAAUGAAAUGGGGGGAGAGGGGCUUUUUCUUCCGCAGCCUGCUGGAGAGACCGCAAAAGACUUAGCGCACAUUCAGGACACAUAAACUUUCAGAGUAUCGAAACGUGACUUAUUCGGUUUUUUAAUUCGUUUUUCUUGUCGCCUUGAUUGUGUUUCGACCCGGCAGUCAAACGAGACUUUGUCGCAGUUCGUGGGAGUGAUUUACUGGUUCAGUGCUGAAGAAGGAAACAUUGUUUGCGGAAUUGACGUCUUUACCUGAUGUGCAUUAAGGAUACUGUUAACUUCACUCGGGAGAGGACACACACUACGUUGAAUCCUCUGAAGUGAAGCGGCUGGAGUGGGCUUCAGCUGCCCUGCACCACUGGAGCCUUCAAUGAUGUCGUGGCCAACACAUCACAACCGGCCCCCUUGCUUCUGACCUAAAAUGGAGCUCAAGGUCUGGGUGGAUGGAGUCCAGAGGGUCGUCUGCGGGGUCACCGAGGCAACCACCUGCCAGGAAGUGGUGAUUGCUUUGGCUCAGGCCAUAGGUCGCACGGGGAGAUACACUCUGGUAGAAAAAUGGCGGGACACCGAGCGUCACCUCGCCCCUCACGAGAGCCCCGUGGCCUCCUUGAACACCUGGGGUCAGUACGCUGGUGACGUCCAGCUGAUCCUGCUCCGCACAGGCCCCUCCCUGACCGAACGACCCCCCUCAGAAGGACCCCCUCUCAGAGGACCUGAACGAGGGCUGCACCGCCAAAGCCUCCCUCCCCUCGCAAAGCUUCGUCACCCUAACGACCGCUCCCUCCGGCGCCGCGAGCCGCGUCGCAAGUCGCUCACGUUCACCGGUGCACCCAGAGGCCUCAGGGAGAUACUCAGCGGGGGCAGGAUCGUCGAGGCUGAAGCCAAUAGGAGAAUCCUCCUGGGAAACGGUGGAAAUCACCACCACCAUGCAGGACUGGCCAUGGGGACUGCGUCGCCCGGCCUGUGGGCCUGUCGCAUGGAGGACCUGGUCAGACUGGUGGGUAUACAGAGAGAGACUCUGAACGUGCUGGAGAAGAAGCUGGAGGCCUACGAGGCCGAGCUGCAGGCCUGGGCGGAGGGGAGAGGGGGGAGGGGCGGAGGGUGCAUCGGAGACCCCGGUGGUGGAGGAGGAGGAGGAGGACUGGUCGAGGACAUCCUCAGGCUGGAGAAGCAUCUGAGGAAGAAUAAGGUGGAGAUGGAGGAGGAGGAGUUUUGGGCGACCGAGCUGCAGAUAGAGCUGGAGAGUGAGAGGCAGCUGGAGGAGAGACUGCAGGAGCUGCGAGGACGCCUGCAAGGCUGCGAGCUGGAGAUCGAAGACAAGCUGGCAAUGGUACAGGGUGUAGAGGCAGGCUUGGAGGAGGAGCGGCUGCAGAGGGAGCGUCAGGAGACCCAGUGGGUGAGCGAGGCCGAGGCCCGGGCUCAGGUCCUCAGGGUCAAAGCAGAACUGAAGGCUCAAGAGAGACAGGCUGUCCAGCUGGAGAGCAGCUGCAGAGCGGUGGACAGAUCGCUCGGACAAAGCGGCAAGAAACUGCAGGACAUGCAGCAUGAGCUGGAGCAGCUGACCAAGGAGCUGAGGCAAGUGAACCUGCAGCAGUUCAUCAAACAGACCGGCACCAAGGUCACCGUGCUGCCUGCUGAACCCACCGAGGAGGAAACUACUUCAACCACUUAUGGUAUAGAUUUGGUUCCCCUGUCCGGCUCCCUGAAGCGUCCCGUGUCAUCACACGCCAUGUCCAGUCACCUGCGGGUGCUCCACAGUCCUCUCAGUUCAGGCCUGAACCCAGAGGGGAUCUACGUGUGAGUGGAUACCUCAGUAGCACACUACUAUGCACUGUUGUCUUGAUUACAUGAAGGCAGCCUCGAGUGAACAGACUCAAACAGUGAAGUGAACAAAGUCAUGGAGGUAGAAAUGCACGGCGGUUUGAAGCAUGAAAAAAAGAAGCAGCCUGAAUAUAACAUCAGGACUUUCUUAUCUUCAAGCUGCUGUGGACUUUCUUUAUAAAACAUAUCCACUUAAUGUACUCUCACUUUACUACCUGCUGAAUGGUUUGUAUUGUUUCCUCUCUCUAGCAUCAUGAUUCAAACCGAAUGCCUUUUUCAAAAGCAUCAUUGAGAAUCUCAGUAUGUGACUCUGUAUCUCUUAAAGAUCGAAUGUGAUUUCUGAAUGAACAAAUCUUAACCCAGCAUAACAACUAGUUCUUAUUGAAGUAAUGAAGGAUCGACUUGUGUCUGUAGUAGAACUGUUUCCCCAAUUAAUCAUUUUGCAUAUCAGAACGUAUUCCUGUAGCUCUGUCUGUGUUCAUGUUAAAAACUAUGCACAAAUGGUAAUGGUUUUUGUUACUAAAGAAUGUUACUGUACGCACCAAAAUGAUGGAUACUGUAAAUAUGUUUUCUUACUUUUCAUCUUUAUUCAGUGAAUUAUUAUAUAUUAUUACAAGGCUGCGUAUUCACAGCAAACAACAAUGAAGGAGUGGCCUCAUUCCUGCAGAAAUAUCUGCAUCAUGAAACAGUGUUAAUUAUACUUUUAAGCUGUUUUUUUGUUUGUGUUAUAAGAUGACUACACAGUAUAUUUUUUUGCCAAAUAUAUUAUGCUUGUUUUUUUGAAAGGAUCAGUGGCCAAAGAAUCGCAGGUCUUGUUGCAUGAUGAUUGUGGUGUUCUUAUAGCCAUAUAUCUGUGCAGGGCCCCGCUUGGUACAGUGAAUUAAUGAGUUUAUUGUCAAAAUGGUGGCAUGUCAUAAUCCAGUGGAUAGCUACAGCUGUUUGUGCAGAGCAGCCAAGGUAUGAAGCCCCUCUUAAGGUUGUAGUUCAGCUGCUAAUCACAUCAAAGUGCCUUAUAGUCAUUCCGCCAUUGUUGUAAGAAUGUACAGUGAAGCUCCAGGUGGAGACAUAAAAGCGAUGAUUGUAGUCCGGUUAGAUGAAAUGUUGUGUAUGCAGAAUGAAAUGAUGACAGCACAGCAGCAAAGAGGAAGCUAUCCACAUGUUUUCCCUGUUAGUGUUUUGUAGAAAGAAACCCCUUAGUGAUAGUGCUUUACACUUUACUACUGUUAUUACUGUAGUCAUAGUAACACGUGCUGUGAAUCGCAUUCACAUGUAAUCCGAUUUAUUUCAUCAUGCUGCAAACUUAAAGUCUUUCUAUGUGAUGUUUCACACUUAAAUAUAAAUCAAGUAUCUCCUCUGAAAA